AGCACCCAUUGUAGAAACGUCAACACAGUAUCGUAACCGACCACCAGAGGGCCACCAACCGCAACAGCGUUUGUUUACAUCCUUGCCAUAGCUCAACCAGUUUUGUAAUAGAAAUACGCGCAACGUGUGCCUUUAAUCGUUUCUUCCGGCUUUAAAACUGUAUCCAAACUAAAAAACUUCUUUUAACUAGUAGUUUUCAUCAAGCUAAUCCUCCCACGGAGCUCUAGUUACAAUGGCAGACCAAGAAAUGAAUGGAUACAACGAUGAGGCCAGCGACUUUAAGCGCAAAAGUAACGCCAGUCUGCGCGAAAUGGACGCGGAGGAUGACUCGGAGGAAGCGAACAAGCAAACGGAAAAGGUGCAGGAGUACGUCAGAAGCAUACUGAACGAACGGAUAGCACUGGAUCGCAAAUAUCCCAUCGCCGAUCGGCUGCUAGAACAGGAGGUAGAAACGGCACAGCGGAAUGGUAAACCACCCACCAGACGCUACAUCGACAUUUACCGGGAGAAGCCCAUCAAAGUGCAGGUGAAGGUAAUCGUGCCUGUUAAGGAGCAUCCAAAGUUUAACUUCGUUGGCAAACUGCUCGGUCCAAAGGGCAAUUCGCUAAAGCGCCUUCAGGAAGAAACCAUGUGCAAAAUGGCCAUAUUGGGCCGUGGCUCGAUGAAGGAUCGUAAAAAAGAGGAAGAGCUUCGGUUAGCGAUGGAUCCAAAGUAUGCCCAUCUGAACGAUGAUCUGCACGUGGAAAUCAAUGCCCUUGGGCCGCCGGCGGAAGCGCAUGCCCGCAUUGCAUACGCACUGGCCGAGGUACGAAAGUUCCUCAUCCCGGACAGUAACGAUUUCAUCCGGCAGGAACAGUUGCGGGAAAUGCUGGAAGAUCCGGAAUGUGAUUUUCCGGUUAAGAAAGGGUACCGAAAAACGAUGCCAUCGCACGCGAAUGCAGCACACGAUGACCCAGCGCCCAGAUCACCGGUACCCGCCUCGUCACGGACGCAUCCUCCGCAAAGAAAGAUCUAUUCGAUUCUGGACAAAGCGCGUGCCGCGCUGGAGGACUCACACAUGCCACGCUCUACAAAUUUAAGAUACGAGGAUUCGCGAUAUGACCGGGAACAUUACGAAUCCUCGUACGACUACCAUCCAACACCGCCACCGCCUCGAUCAAAAUACGAUAGUAACCAUUACGACGAUGAAUAUCGGCGGGAUUAUUGCCGCGAAUCCAGCUCAUACUCUGCUCCUUCCAAACCAAGCACCACAUCGAUGAGCGAUCGAUCGUGGAAACCGGCCUCGUACAGUGGAAGUUCGUCGCGUGAGCAAAUCGAUCUGAAGCAUCAUGCCGCUCGGGAUCCUCGUUCUUCCUAUCGCCAUACACCGUACGCGCGCCAAUCGAAGUAAAAUUGCGAUACAGGGUGCGUUGAUCAAGCGUAAUCGAUGCAGCUGCAUUUGUAAACUAACAAGAAGCAGUAGGUUGUUACAAACAAAAAAUACAAUGGCUUUGGGCACUCUUUUAUUACGUACUGCGCCGGUUAGAAAGGCGGUUGGAACUACGAAACUCCCUCUCUCUCUAUCUUGACGAUGAGUUAGCUCGACAUUUAUUCUCGUAUCUUGCAACAUCAUACGUACAUUAAACGUGCUGUGUCAAUAUUAAAUGAAAGCUCAUCAUAAAUAAAAGUUGAUAAAUAUGGCAAUUCACAUUUCGAAA